AUGACUGCCGAAAGACUGGCAAUUUUCGACCUGGAUGGAACCCUGCUGGACUCCCUUCCAGAUCUUGCGGAUUGCGCACGGGAGCUUCUGGCGGAAUAUCAUCUGCCAUCUCAGAAUGACCUCGCCGUGCGUUCGAUGAUCGGUGAUGGCGUUGCCGCUCUUGUCUCACGCCUUCUCGAUACAGGUGGAGAAGAGGCGGCUCACAUUAACCGUGAAGAAGCGGCAAUAAGAGCAUUUCAACAAUUAUUGUACUUGAAUCCUUGUUUUUCAUGUGCGAAUGAGGCUCAUUUGCGUCUCGGGUUUAUGCUCAAAGUAGUUGGUGAAUAUAAAGCAUCAUUAAAGCAUUAUCAAUUAGCGUUACUUGAUAUAUCACCGUCAACAUUCACCCAACUUCAGAAUGUAACUGGCAACACUAAUGAGAUAAAAGUACACAAAUUACAUUUCCAUACUUUCGAUUUCAUAUUGCACAUCUGUAUGAAGUCCAGAACAAACACAAAGCGGCAAAGGAGGCAUAUGAACAACUUUUGCAUGAUAAGGAACUAACAUUAGAUUUAAAAGCAGA